AUGUCCAAGACAGGAGGAAGUCGCCCGGUUGAGGUUAAGGUUCCGGUGGACAUGUCCGUCAUCCGCAUCCCGCCUCACCACUACAUCCACGUUCUGGACCAGAACACCAACAUCGCCCGCGUGGAGAUUGGACCGCAAACCUUCUACCGGCAGGACAACGAAAGGGUUCUGUUCGCCCCAGUGCGGAUGAUCAUGGUGCCUCCGCGUCACUACUGUGUGGUGCUCAACCCGGUGGCCUGCGACGCCGACGGCGGCGUCCUUUUCGACCCAUCGGGCCAGGCCAAGCUGAGGCACGCCGACCUGGAUGUCCGUCUGACCAGGGACCCUUUCCCACUUCACCCCGGAGAGGAGAUUCAGCAGGACGUGACCCCGCUGCAGGUGGUGUACCCCGACACUGCGCUCCGUCUGCAAGCCUCCCUGGACUUCCAGGAUGGCGACGAAAGGCGCGUUGCAGGAGACCAGUGGCUCUUUGAGGGGCCUGGCACGUACAUUCCGAGGAAGGAGGUGGCGGUCCUGGAGACGGUGAAGGCCACGGUGAUCGGCGUCAACCAGGCCAUCCGCCUCCGCGCACGUAAAGAAGGCGUGGACCGUGAGGGCGUGCAGCGUGUGACGGGCGAGGAGUGGCUAGUGAGCAAGGUGGGCGCAUACCUGCCUGGCGCCCACGAGGAGGUCAUAGACAUUGUCAACGCGUUCAUCCUGACCGACAAGAAAGCGCUGCAUGUGCGCGCCCUGCGCCCUUUCCGCGACGCGGGGGGUCACUUGCGUCGCACGGGCGAAGAGUGGCUGGUGACGCAGGCAGAGCGCGAGGCGCACGUGCCGGCGGUGGCAGAGGAGGUGGUCGGCGUGGUGGAUGUCACCACACUGGACUCGCGGCAGUAUUGCGUCAUCUUGGACCCCGUCGGCCCAGACGGAAAACCUCAGCUAGGUCAGAAGAGAGUUGUUAAGGGGGAGCGCUCGUUCUUUCUGCAGCCUGGUGAGCGCCUAGAGCGAGGAAUUCAGGACAUCUAUGUUUUGUCUGAAGAAGAGGGGUUGGUGCUGCGCGCCGUGGAGGCCUUCACCGACACCCAGGAGGACGCCGUUUCGGCUGUUUUGCCACAAAAGCGUAAACGAGCUUCGGAGCGUGAGGAGGCGGAGCCCGAGGAGGAAGGGCAAGAGGAGGAGGCGCGCAGGAAACGUCGCCCUCCCGGCGCAGUCUUCCGUCGCCCCGGCGACCGCUGGAUGCUACGAGGACCUGCCGAGUAUGUGCCCCCCUCCCAGGUGGAGGUGGUCCUCCGGCGCCAGGCCAUCCCGCUGGACGAGAACGAGGGAAUCUACGUCAGGGACAUGAAGAGCGGGAAGGUACGCGCCAUCAUCGGCCAGACGUACAUGCUGACUCAGGAUGAGGAGCUGUGGCCCAAGGAGCUCCCCGACAAUGUGGAGGCCCUGCUGGCAUCUCCCAGAGACCCCCUUGCCGACCGAUCCGACCACAGGAAGCCGGAGGGCCCGCCCAAAGUGCGGGACAAGACUCAGGUGGUGUCCUUCCGGGUCCCGCACAACGCAGCCGUGCAGGUGUACGACUACCGCGAGAAGAGGGCGCGCGUCGUCUUUGGCCCCGAGCGGGUCAUGCUGGGACCCGACGAGCAAUUCACCGUCCUCUCGCUGUCUGGAGGACGCCCCAAACGGGGCAACCAAAUCAAGGCUAUCUGCCUGCUGCUAGGACCAGACUUCUUCACCGACAUUAUCACUAUCGAGACUGCCGACCACGCACGGCUGCAGUUGCAGCUGUCCUACAACUGGCACUUUGACGUGAAGCCGCCCGCCGACCCCGCUGAAGCGGCCGCCGUCUUCUCGGUGCCGGACUUUGUGGGCGACGCGUGCAAAGCUAUUGCGUCGCGGGUUCGAGGCGCAGUCGCCUCCGUGCAGUUUGACGACUUCCACAAGAACUCCAACCGCAUCAUCUGCUCGGCAGUGUUCGGCUUUGACGAGAAGCUGGCGGUGCGGCCCAGUCUUCGCUUCCAUCAGAAUCGGCUGAUCAUCAGCAGCGUGGACAUCCAGUCGGUGGAACCCGUGGACCAGCGCACACGCGACGCCCUGCAGAAGAGCGUCCAGCUCGCCAUCGAGAUUACCACCAACUCCCAGGAGGCCGCUGCCAGACACGAAGCAGAGCGUCUAGAGCAGGAAGCUCGUGGCAAACUGGAGCGCCAGAAGAUCACCGACCAGGCGGAGGCGGAGCGAGCCAGGAAGGAGCUUCUGGAGCUGGAGGCCCUCAGCGCCGCCGUGGAGAGCACGGGUGCCGCCAAGGCCGAAGCUCAGUCCCGCGCCGAGGCGGCCCGCAUCCGGGGCGAGGCGGCCGUCCACGAGGCCAAGCUGAAGGUGGAGGCGCAGCGCAUCGAGGCGGAGGCCGAGCUGGAGCGUCUAUCUAAGGCUCGCGAGCAGGAGCUCAACUACAAGAAGCAGAUGGACCAACUGGAUGUUGACAAGCAGGAACGGCUUGCAGACAUCGAGAACGAGCGAUUCCGCAAACUCGUUGAAAGCCUGGGAAGCGACACGCUCGCCGAGAUGGCGCGCGCCGGGCCUGAGUUGCAGGUGAAACUGUUACAGUCCCUGGGCCUCAAGUCCACGCUCAUCACGGACGGCUCUGCCCCUGUCAACCUCUUCACCACCGCCAACGGGCUGCUGGGGACGCUGCCCACACCCCCGGCCCCGCAGUGA